UUUUCAGCAACAGAAAAUCAGUGGAAGAUCAGAAGUGAAAAUGAAAGUUUCCAGGACAAAGAUCAUUGUCCUGCCACGUAGGUUAAAAAGAGAGAGAGAGAGAGAUGGUCGUUCAGGCAAGAGAUCUAAAGAGCUUUGUAGGGUCGAUUCUGCCUACUCUUUAAAGCGCGAUUAUCUGAAAACUCUGGUCCAGAUUGAGAAAUCAAAAGAAAAGGAGGCAAUGGCGACUCACUUUGGUCUCCGGCUGAGAAAACUGCCUGGAUGUCUACACAUAAAUUUCCAGGAAUCAAACUCCGUUCGAAGGCGACUUUACUUUUUCUUUAGCCUCUGGGCGUGUCUCAGCUUUGUUCUUGGGUCGGCAGAAGCCUUGAAAGUAAGCAUGCCAGCUCAGAAGACAGCAAUGCUGGGUACAAAUGUGACACUUCACUGUAAAAUCUCUGACUACCCUCCUCCAGAACUGGAUAUAAAAAAAACAGUAUUCAUGUGGUAUUUGGAGACAUCUGAAGGGAAUAAAGUAGAACAACUUUAUUCAGUUGUUGCUGGAAAACAUUCUUCAAAUAGAAAUGGUUCAAGACUGGAUACAAUUCAAUUAAAAAAUGGAGAUGCUUCCCUUUUCCUUCCACAAAUACAACUUCACGAAGAGGGCAAAUAUAUGUGUAUUGUGAUUCUUACUUCUAUUAGAGUUGAAGGAGCCACCAUUCUAAAUCUAGUUGUUGAACCAACUGUCCAACUGUCUCCCAAGGAACUUGAAAUUGAAAACGGAAAUGUAAAGACACUGAGAUGUAGAGUGAAUAAAUUCUAUCCUGAUUCCAUUGUCAUUCUUUGGCAAAAGCAUUCUAAGCACACGUCGGAUAAAGAUAUACUUGCAGAGGAUAUUAUCAUGGGAAGAUCUGUGAGAAAUGAUGAUGGCACUUACAACACCACCAGUGAACUGAGACUUCAACCAUCUUCACAAGAUCAAGGAAACAUCUAUAGUUGUAUUGUGCAGCAUAAGUCAUUUGCCAGAUUUCCAGUCUACAAUGUAACUUUAACAGUAACAGAACCUUAUUCGACUACUACAUUAACAAUUGGGCUGGUUUUAUGUUUUCUGAUUUCUUUUCUUCUAGUUGGAUUGCAGCUGUACAUUGUCUUUUUAAAGAAACAUGCACCAUCUGUGGAAAUGGUUGGAAGUGAGGAACUGAAGCAUUUGGAAGAAACACAGUUGCAAUGCUUGAUUUCACACUUUCGACCCAAGCCUUUGCAGGUAGAGCUCUUCUUAGUGACUGAACCUCAGAAAACAAAACAGAAAAUAGCCUCUUGGCCUACGACAUCAGUUGAAGAACCUACGGAAGAUGCUGAAAAUUCUCCUCUCCUCGGGAACUUGGAGGACAUGUUUAAAGCUUAUCCAGAGUUAAAAUCAAAACCAAAAAAUUAUUAUGACUUCGAGUGGAAAAUCCGCCUGAAUCCAGACGUACUGAAGCUGGAGGAAUUUCAACUUUUAUUAGAAAUUAAACAUGAGGGCUUUCAGCAUGGAUUGUGUACUAAAACAAAAUCAUUUAAAGUCAUAGCCUUACCAGAGAUUCAUGACAUUCAUUGUUCCACAAAUAUGCCAAAAUCAAAUGAACCGCUCACUCUUAGUUGCAAAAUUCAUUCUUAUUAUCCGGAAACCCUUGAAGUCUGUUGGAAUAACAAUGAUGGAAUUCUAGACAGUUCCUUUUCAACUCCACCCACAAAAGGUACUGAUGGGCUUUACUUUUGCAUCAGCAAGAUCCACUAUUGCCCCCAAGUGGAAGAUUCUGGAAAGAGGUUUGUCUGCAGAGCUAAGCUUCAAGGACCACAAGCAUAUAAAGAAUCUGUAUGGCGGAUGAACCCUGUGGUUGUGGCCACCAAAGUUGACAAAAUUGAAUGUAAGCCCCCUGUUCCUGAGUGUGGGAAACCCAUCACAUUGAGUUGCUUAUUGACAGAAUACUAUCCACCUGAGUGUGACAUUUAUUGGAGAAAGGGCUCUGAAGAGCUCUUGGGUGCUGAAGUUAAAACAGGGGAGCCGCAAUUGGACAGAAUAUCAAAGCUGUUCUCCAGGGCGAGUGAAAUAACCUUUACACCCAGCGCAGAAGACCAUGAUUUGGAAUUCUUUGUUGAAAUAAAUCAUUGCAAGGAAAUUGUACGGAAGGGAUAUAAAGUCAUGCUGAAAGAUUUUCCCAAACUUUCAAAUAUUGUUAUUGAACCAAGUGAUGCAGAUUAUGGACAAAGUGUAAAUUUAACUUGUGAUGUCACAGAUUUCUAUCCUAAUGAAAUUGCUACUCAGUGGCUCCUGGAAGAUUAUUCACCAAAGAAAGAUGAGGUCAAAGAACAUUUCGACAAGGCCUGUUGCAAAUUAACUUCCGUGUUUAAACUAAGAGCUACUGCUUUAGUUUGUAAUAAGGCUAUUUGUUUCAUGGUGAACCAUGCAAGAUUGACAAAGCCUAUUACAAGAGAAGUGUAUUUAAACCUUCCAGCCAAACGGCCUGUUUUGACUGAAAUAAAGGCAACCCAAGAUCAUCAGAAUAUCCACCUUGAAAUUUCUAUAUCACAAUUUGCACCUCAUGAUAGAGAAGUCAGAUGGUACCACGACGGGAAACAAAUAUCUGAAGAUAUCAAUCGCAAGAAUAUUAAGAUCGGAAAAGAUCACUUAUGUUAUUUUCUUAGUAAAAUAUCCGUACAACCAAAAGAACUGUGGUUUGGGAAGACAAUACGAUGUGAAGUUAAACAUUCAACAUCUACUCAGGAAAAAACCUUAACAAUACCGCCUGCUGCCAAUUACCUCCCAAAGACCCAUUAGAU